CACCCCCCGACCCCCGGAGCCGUGCCCCUGCGGGCCGCCCGGCGGCACGGGGAUGGGCGCGGGGCUGUGAAGCCGCGGGGGGGGGGCGGCGGUGGUGUGAGGCCGGGAGCCAUGGGGAACAUCUCCUCCAACAUCUCCGCCUUCCAGUCCCUCCACAUCGUCAUGCUGGGCCUGGAUUCGGCGGGGAAGACCACGGUCCUCUACCGCUUGAAGUUCAACGAGUUCGUCAACACGGUGCCCACCAUCGGCUUCAACACGGAGAAGAUCCGGUUGAGCAACGGGACGGCCAAAGGCAUCAGCUGCCACUUUUGGGACGUAGGGGGGCAGGAGAAGCUACGCCCGCUCUGGAAGUCCUACAGCCGCUGCACCGACGGCAUCAUCUACGUGGUGGACUCGGUGGACGUGGAUCGGUUGGAAGAAGCCAAAACGGAGCUUCACAAGGUGACUAAGUUCGCCGAGAACCAAGGCACGCCGCUCCUGGUCAUCGCCAACAAGCAGGACCUGCCCAAAUCCCUCCCGGUGGCCGAGAUCGAGAAGCAGUUGGCCCUCCACGAGUUGACCCCUUCCACCACCUACCACAUCCAGCCCGCCUGCGCCAUCAUCGGCGAGGGGCUGACGGAGGGCAUGGACAAGCUCUACGAGAUGAUCCUCAAGCGGAGGAAGUCCCUCAAGCAGAAGAAAAAGCGCCCGAGAGGAAACGAGGAGCCCAGCUGGUGAAAACAGGGCUGGGGAGCCCUCAUCCUGCUGGAGCUCUGCGCCGGGUUCCUCUCUGCUUCCCAGCUGGCCCUCCUGGUUUCCAGGAGGUGCAGUUUCCUCGGGUGAGAGGACAUCUCUGGUUGCUUUGCGAGACGAGGGCCGUGGGGCUCUGAAGGAUUGCAGGACCUGGAAAUGAACCUAAAGGGCCCACCUGGGUGAUACCAGUUAUGGAGCUCCUAUCAAGGCUGGUGGUGCCUGCCCAGAAAUAGCUUGGAGCAGAGCUGAAUGGUGGUCUGUGGUGUUCAAGGGUCAAGUUGCUGAGGGCUCAGCUGCCACCUGCAUGGAGAACCUCUGGAGGGUCCGGUUCUCCACCGGUUCCUUCCUUGCACCAAGCAUCAUGGAUGGGUUCCCAUCUCUGCAACCCUGGUGGCACGGUGGUCUGGUCCAGCACUCCUGAAGAAGCUCCUGACCGUUGCUUCCCUUCGUGCCUCCAGCCCCAUUUUUCCAGGCAGCAUGUGGGACGUCGUAUCUUUCUCCUGACCUGCAUUUCAUGGAUCUGAAAGCCCAAGAGUGGAUGCUGCAGUGCCCUCAGCGUGAAGGGACUCAUCCUCACUCAUCCCAGCUGGCAGGAGCUGAUUUACGGGGGACUUCUUCUGGCGUGGAGUCACUCACAUGGGUGGAUUUCCACUUGCUCUUAUGGAUGAGGGUGCUUCAAACACCCCUCCAAUGGCUUGGCAUGUCCCGUGCUUUCAUGCAUGUAGUUUCAUGAUGUCUCCUGUAACCCCAGAGCCCUGCAGCCCUUCUCCUGGAGCCUCAUGGGUGCCCAAAGGAACCUUGGGCACACUUGGUGAUCUCAUGUGUCCCGCAUGGAGCUGGGGCUUUCCUCCUCCUGGUUUAAAAAGGGUGGGGGAUCAUCAUCCCUGCAAUGGAGAAAGAGAAACAGCUAGAUGGGGUUUGGGCUGUAGGUUUUGAGGGGAUGUGACUUUAUGUGUGUGUGUGUGACAGUGCAACUGGCUCUGUCCCCCACCCCCCAGCCCUGUGACGGGGGGGGGCAUUAAUUUGGGAUGUCUCAGUGUGAAAGCCACACAGGAAGGGGAGCUGUGUCUUCUCACAAGCAAAGCUCCUCGUGCCUCGACGCUGCAAGGGCAGACCGUCCUCCUUUCAAGCCACACAGCCUCCCCCCCUGGCUGGAGAGUGCUUUUUGUCAGCAGGGUGGUGGUUUUUUUUGUGUGUUUAGGCCAGUUGUCAUGGAAAACAUUGCACAAGGACCUCGCUGACCUUGCGGUGCCCUGAAGCAGCAUGCUGGCUGUGAUUUGUGCUGCUGUAGCAUCUCCCCGAGCAGGCAGUUCAGUGAAACAGUGAGCAGUGCUGGAGAUACCAUCCCCAGCCUGAUGGUUUGGGGGACCCUGGUGGCAUGUGGCACCCAGGACCACUGGGCAGUGCCCAAGGAUGCUGCCCCUGCGUGGGACCAGCUGGGAGGAAAAAGCAGUGAGGGAGCAGUUGGGCUGUCAGCUGCAUCAGAUCUCCAUAAGCAUGGGCUGGGAGCUGGGGAGAAGGACCUGCCACCUUUCAAAUGGGCAGAAAAGGCAAGAAGAGAAUGGAACAAGGCUGGGGUCCAGCUGGGAGUGGCAGGAGAUAGGGUUGGGGCAGAAACACGCGGAGGUGAACCACCAACAUGUCCCCCACCACUUCUCUGCAGGUCCCUGACACAAUCUGACAUACUUCAGUCCACCAAGGGAGGGCUGUGGAGUGAUUUCCACUUGUUCUUAUGGAUGAGGGUGCUUAAAACGCCCCUCCAACAGCUUGGCAUGUCCCACGCUUUCAUGCAUGUAGCUUCAUGAUGUCUCCUGUAACCCCAGAGCCCUGCAGCCCUUCUUCUGCAAGUUCUCCCUCUGCCUUGGUCUCUUGGUAUCUCAGCUACGUAGGCCCUUCUGCCCCUCUUUCCCCAGUUUGCCGUGGUAAGCUAAAUCCCUCAGCUUUAUUUCAAAUGGGAUUUGCCUCCCAAGCAGGUAUCUUUAAAAGGGUCAUCUUGGUUGAUGUAAUUCAUAGGGUGCUGAAUCCUUGAAGCACGGUGAGAGAGCACAAGGUACUUCAAGGCAAAGCUUGGGUGGGGUGAGGAGGACCUUCUCUUCAAAAUGGAGUAGAAACUAUUACAAGAAGAAGAAGAAGAAGAAAAAAAACCCCACACUGAUUCAAACUUGGGCCGUGUUUGCUUUGUCUUCAUUCAGUCAGUUCCAUCCUUCAACGUGAAUGACCUCAAAUCACAUGGACUUUUUGUCUGAGCAGCAAAACUGCUGUGAGUCAGGUCUGCAGGACACCAGGCAAAAAAAAAAAAUAAUAAAAUAAGGUAGCCCUUGCCUACUAGAGCAAAAUUGAGACAUUUCGUCAUGAGCACAUACUUAUGUGCUCAUGUGGGAAUAUGGAGAGCUCAGCCUGGGAAUAUUUGCUCUAAUAAACCAUUCUGUUUGUUUCA